GCUGGGCUCCAGUCCGCACAAUUUCAAUGGUUUUCCUGUUGCAUCAACACACUAGCAGCAGCAGCUUUCACCUUUCUCUCACUCACUCCCUUACUCUCUUUCGAUGUCUACCUUCUCAGCCACACCCAACAAUACCUCUCUUCUGAACCACCACAAUUCAUUAUUCUAUUUUCCAAGUUGCCUGCCUUCACUUUCAAACAUUCAGGGAAGCCAUCCCAAAACUGCACCUGUUGCUUUCAAUGGCGUCAGGUUACAACAUAAGCGGGUUAAUGUCCAAAAAACAGUUCCUGGGGUGCUGAAUUCCAGGUUCUUGCAAAUGGGCUCUGAGGAAAGCUCCUCUAGUAGACAUUUUUUAGUGAAAUCAACUGGUGCAGAGAGUGCUGGCGGUUCCUCUGUGUCUCAAAGUGUGCUUGGGAUUUUGCAUCUGAUUGUUUCAGUUGGUAUUAUUCUUGCAAUGGACAAAUUUUUGAAGCAAGCAUUUGUGGCGGCUUCCAUUAAGUUCCCCAGUGCGCUUUUUGGGAUGUUUUGUAUAUUCUCCAUUCUAAUUAUUCUUGAUUCCACUGUUCCUGCUGUGGCAACAAGCUUGAUGAACUUCUUUGAGCCGGCACUACUGUUCAUCCAGAGAUGGCUGCCAUUGUUCUAUGUUCCUUCUUUGGUUGUUUUGCCACUUUCUGUAAAAAGUAUUCCCGCUGCUUCCGGCAUCAAGAUCUGCUUCAUUAUAGUUGGAGGCUGGCUGGCUUCACUUGCUGUUGCAGGAUAUACAGCAAUAGCUGUUAGAAGAAUGGUAAAGACAGAAAUGACAGAUGCUGAGCCUAUGGGAAAACCCUCUCCAUUUUCUGCGGUUGAAGUGUGGUCUUGGAGUGGGAUCCUCCUGAUAUCAUUUGUUUCUGCAUUAUUAUAUCCAACAGCCCUGGGGACAAGUGCUCGAACAUGCCUUCCAUUCCUACUUGCGUCAACUGUGUUGGGCUAUAUAGUUGGUUCUGGAUUGCCAUCAGAUGUGAAGAAGGUUUUCCACCCAAUUAUAUGCUGUGCACUAUCUGCAGAAUUGGCAGCAUUGGCUUUUGGAUACUUCUCUAAGUCUGGGCUUGACUCUGUUCUUGGAUCUUACCUUACAAAGGUUUCAUCUAAUCCUGGAGCUGGUGAUGUUCUGAUGGGAUUCUUGGGGUCUGUUAUCCUCUCAUUUGCCUUCUCAAUGUUCAAACAGAGGAAGCUCGUCAAGAGGCACGCAGCUGAGAUUUUCACAUCCGUCAUCCUGUCAACCAUAUUCUCGUUGUAUUCAACUGCUCUUGUUGGACGUCUUGUUGGGUUGGAACCGGGUUUGACUGUCUCAAUUCUACCACGAUGUAUAACUGUGGCAUUAGCACUCAGCAUUGUGUCUUUGUUUGAAGGUACCAAUCCAUCCCUCACAGCCGCUGUGGUUGUAGUAACUGGUCUGGUUGGAGCUAAUUUUGUGCAAGCAACACUUGAUAAACUAAAAUUCCGUGAUCCUAUAGCUCGAGGAAUAGCUACUGCAUCUAGUGCUCAUGGAUUGGGAACAGCAGCAUUGUCAGCCAAGGAACCCGAGGCUCUCCCAUUUUGUGCCAUUGCUUAUGCCCUGAAUGGUAUAUUUGGCUCUUUGCUUUGUUCAAUUCCAGCAGUUAGGCAAAGCUUGCUUGCUGUAGUUGGAUGAAAUUAUCAGCUGCUUAGUUGCUCUCACAAUUAGCUACUGCUUCGAAAUCACUGUAUUUUGUUAACCGUAUCCGUAUACAUGUACACAAGAAAUUCUGCCCUUAGUAUGUAUAUUCUUAUUAAAAACACACUACGAAAAACAUAGAAUUUAAAUCUAAACGUUCAUUUUAUUCUGAACUAUAAAGAACAAAAUUUAUCGUGCACCUAA